AUGUCGCGCAGGAUCGCGACCUGCGACUCGACGACGCGGCGGCUCGACCGGCCGCCGCCGCCGCCGCCCCAGUCGACGUUCCGCUCCAUCGUCGCCGCCCUCGUCCUCGCGUCCUCGAGCGCCCUCGUGCUCGAGUUCGACCCCACGUUCGUGGGCAACAACACGGUGCACUACGGCGACCCGAAGAACGGCUGCAUGGCCGACGAGGAGUCCGUGCAGAUCCAGGGCGUCUCCGGCGACGUGUGCACGCCCAAGUGCUCCCUCCUCAAGAAGUGCCCCACGGACGUGCCCACGGGCGUCACCGUCGCGCCCCAGUGCGCCCUCCAGGACGCCGCGACCAAGUCCAAGUACUGCGCGCUCAUCUGCAAGCCCGGCGCGGACGACGACGCGCAGUGCGGCGGCGCGACAGCCAUGGGCAAGAAGAAGGGCCAGACGGAGCGGACGCGCGUGAGCGCGCACGAGGACCGCCUCAAGCUCAACGGCGUCGCCUGGGCCGCCAAGCUCGGCAUCCCGACGGACGAGGAGUUCUGGGCCAAGUGGGCGACGCUCGACGACGCGACGGUGAUGGUCGAGCCGCCGGUCAAGGACGGGAGCCGCUGCGCCUACGGCUGCAAGCGCAAGGUCUACUUCCUCGAGUCGAACGCCCGCACGCACUCGCAGAACUGCGACGGCGUCUGCGACCGCCGCGCGCAGAAGAUCAUCGCGAACUUCGGCUUCAGCCGCGAGCACAACACGGGCACGACGGACGGCGUGCUCAAGCGCGCGCGGCGCGGCGCCGCGGGCGGCGGCAAGCGCGGCGCGGGCGGAUCGAAGACCGGCAUCGACGACGCGCGGUCGGCGCCCGAGUCGAGGGGCUUCGGCGCGCGCGACAAGCCGACCCACUGCCCCAAGGCGGCGCCGAGGGAGAAGCUGCCCUACUUCCGGCGCUGCCGCCGCGAGGACGCCGAGGCGGGCUUCGUCUGCGAGAAGCCGCGCCGGCUCGAGAGCGGCUACUGCAGCGAGCGGUGCCGGCGCCUCGCCGAGGGCGGCGGCGACGGCGACGCGCCGGCGCCGCCCCCGCGCCGCGGCGCGCCCGUCGGCAGCGGGGAGUGGGCCGCGGACGAGGCGCCGCCCGCGGCGCCCGUCGGGAGCGCGACGUGGGCCGCGGCGCCGCGGCCCGUCGCGCCGCGGCCGCCGCCGCCGCCCGCGGCGCCGCGCAUGCGGCCCGAGGGCGCCAUCCGGACCGUCGUCGACGACCGCUACGGCUUCAUCCACGCCGACGACGAGAAGAUCGGCCGCGACCUCUUCUUCCUCUGGUCCGCGCUCGGGGGACGGAACGCCGACCGCAAAGCGGCGGUCGGCGAGCGCGUCGCCUUCGAUCUGGGCGAGUGGAAGGGGAGGAUCGUGGCCCAGAACCUCACGAAAGUCGCGCCGCCGCCGCGCCGCGCGGCCGCCGCCGCGCGGCCGCCGGGGCCGACGCCGCGGGACCUCGCGGCGCGCGAGCAGGCCGAGCUCGAGCGCGUCCUCGCGCUCAGCAUGCAGGGCCUCGCGGUCCACCCGGAGCUCGCCGACUCGCGCGAGGACGUCGAGCUCGCGCGCGCGCUCGCGCUCUCGCGCGAGCAGGCCGCCCCGCCGGUCUCCCCCGUCCGCGAGGACGACGACGACGACCUCGCCUGGGCCCUCGAGCUCUCGCGCGCGUCCGAGCCCGGCUCCUUCGACGCCGGCGGCGCGGACCCCUGGGAGCGCGUCGUCGACGCGCAGAGCGGCGCGCCCUACUGGUGGAACCGCGACACCGACGAGACGACGUGGGACGACCCCGCGGCGGGCCGCGACGGCGGCGGCCUCUCCGCGGCGCUCGACGGGAGCGCCGCCGCGCCCUUCGACACGCUCGAGGGCAUGCUCCGCGCCGUCGGCCUGUCGGACCUCGCGCCGGCCCUCGCGGCCGAGGAGGUCGACCUCGAGACGCUGAAAUUCCUCUGCCUCGACGACCUCGUCUCGGACCUCGGCAUCCCCGAGGCUCAGGCCGCGGCCCUCCUCGCCGCGCGGGACGCGCGCGAGAGGGGGCAGGCGGGGCUGGCCGUCGACGACUUCGAGGAGAAGGAGGAGGCCGUCGAGGAGGAAAAGGCCGAGGAGACGUGCUCGAUCUGCCUCGACGGCGGCGUCGACCGCGCGCUAAGCUGUGGUCAUGCGUUCCAUGAGAUGUGCCUCGCGGGCCUCGUAAGGAGCCGCGUCGAUGAGGCGCGCGUCCGCGACAUCCGGUGCCCCGGCACCGCGGACGCGCCGGCGUGCGACGUCGCGCUCCGCGACGACGAGGUCCGCGCCCUCCUCGACGCCGAGGGCCGCGACAAGUACGCGCGCUUCCUGCGGCUCGCGGAGGAUCCGGCCGCCGUCGAGUGCCCGUCGUGCGGCGCGGCCGCGGCCGGCGAAGGCAUCGUCACCUGCGCCGUCUGUUUUCUCGACUUUUGUAAGGUCCACGGCACGGCGCAUCCGCCGGAUGCCGCGGCCUGCCGGCGCUUCGCGCGGCGGCACCGCCGCGCGGAGCGGCGGUCGCGCCGAGCCGUCGAGAGCCUGUCGAAGCCGUGCCCCGGUUGCGGCGCGCCGGUCUGCAAGAGCAGCGGCUGCAACGUCAUGUGGCCUCACAUGACCUGCUCCUGCGGCACGAACUUCUGCUGGCUCUGCGGGGACGCCAUCGUGCUCGACGGGCCCGAGAUCGAGCAUUUCCGCGUCGGCGCGUGCGCGGGGCUGCAAUUGGCGGCCGCGCCGCGCGACGGGUCGCUCGUCGCGCGCGGCGUCCACGAGUUCGCCGCGUCGCGGUGCGCGUCGCGCGUUUUGGGAACGUUUGCUCUGCUGCUGCUGUCUCCGUUGGCGCUUUUGUGGUCUUUGACGUUCGGGAUGAUCGCCGCGUCCGCGGCUUUCCUCCCGAAGCGCUUCUCUUCCAACACGCGCAUCCUCUAUCUGAGCUUCAUCAUGAUCUAUCUGCUGCUGCGCGUCGCGGGCCACAUCAAGACGCCCGUCACGCUUGACAUCAUCGUCGUUGUCUUAGCGUUCGCUACGACGCCGUGCCUCAUCGCGAACGCGCGCGUCCUCGGCAGCUCGUCCUCGGAGGUCACGACCUGGGCCUGCAUCCCCUGCCUACUGUUCCACAUCGUCGCCGAGCUCCCGGAGGCCUGGAGCCCCAUGGUCUGGAUCCGGUCGCUCGAGCGCCGCGAGCGCUGGUUCCUCGAGGUCACGCCGCGGCGCGACGGCCGCCGCCGCGGCGGCCAGUGGCGCCCGCGCCGCGUCCCCGCGUCGCCGCGCCGCGUCCCCGCGUCGCCGACGGCGGACGUGGCGCUUCCCGACUUGCUUCCCGUCUCCCCGACGACGCCCGCCGCCGUCGCCGCGCGCGCCCGCGACGAGCUCGCCGAGGCCUGGUGA